AUGUCACCAGACGUUUGUUUUGCGAAAAAAACGUCACCAGACGUUCAUUUCGCAAAAAAUACGACUUUGGACGUUCAUUUCGCAGAAAAAUGUCUUUGGGAUAAAUUUAAAAGGUUAAUUACUCUACUUCUAGAAGAUAAUCUUAAUACACGAGAAUAUAUUCAUAUUGAAGAUGAAAUUGCAGAGGGUGGGCUUACUGAUGAUGAAAUAGUUGACGCUAUAUUAAAUGCAAAUAAGGAAAAGGAAGAGGAACCCAUGGCAGAUGAAAUUGAAAUUGCACCUAUAUUAGAAAAAGUUACAGAAGGUAGAAUUUAG